AUGGUGCAGCUUAAAGUUGCCUCCAUGUUCUUCUUUUCCGGGCUGGCUGUGGUGAUUGCUCUGGUGGUCGUCGUGUACGUCGUUGCUUGGAUUUAUGACAGGGCGUCUGGGUCAGUGGAGGCCUUACUGACUCCAACAGAGCUAGAGGAGCGACGGAUAGCCUCAACACUGGUGAAAGAAGCUGGUUUGGCAGGUUUGCUACCGGAUGAAAAGAACCGAGUGAUGCGCCAUUUCUUUCAAGAAAGCUCGACAGCGUGCAUCAAGAAUUAUUCCCGUAUUGAUAUAGAGGCUCCAAACGACAGAUCUGAACCUGAAAAGGCUGAUGCUAGUGAUGAAAAAAAGUCUGGUGCAAGGGAAGGAACCAAGCGAGCUGAAACUUUGAUGAAUGCGAACUCCAAAAGUGAUAACGAUUCUUCGAAUACAGAUUCCAAAUUGACCCCCAAAUCUCAAUGUCAACAGGAUACUGAUGUCGAAGCAAACUACAGCAAUGGGAAAAAACAAGGCAAAUUUAAGUCAAAGCGCAAGCAUGGCUGUAGCUGCUGUAAGGGUUCAAACAACUUGAACCGAGGCAGCAAAUUAACGCUAUCAAUUGGUAUCAAUGUGGAUCAGAACAAAAGAGAACUUGAUAAAAAUGGAAAGCCGAAAAGAUUUGGGAGAGAAAAAGAGAAAGAGUCUUCGGGUGGCGAUACUGAGAAGGAAUCCGAGGAAGGCGUUUGCCCAAUCUGUUUGGUUGAAUUUGAGGAAGGAGAGAACAUUAUGAUUGGGAACUCCUGUGGACACGUGUUCCAUUUUGAAUGCUUUAUGCAAUGGGUUGAAAAGAACCACACAGACUGCCCCCUUUGCCGAUCGGAGAUGAUGACUUCGGAGAACUUUUUGACAUCGGCGUAUGCAGUCCUGGGAGAACAGCGGGUGAAUAAACUGAAACACAUCAAUGAGGAAGCCGCGAGAAGAUUAGCAGCUUGGGAGGCUGAUCAGCCAGAAGAAAGAAUAGAAGAGUCAGCUGGUGAUGAAGCAUCAUCCUCUUCAGAGCCAGUUGAUCCGUCGGUCAGACGGGAUCCUCCAGCCAGAAUGGCUCCACCAGCAGCAGCAGAUACUUCCAGACUGACCGUUGCGAUGGUUCAAUAG